AUGGCGCAGAAAGGAGUGCAGCUGGACCAGGAAACCUUUUCUUGUUCGAUCUGUUUGGAGGUUUUAAAGGAUCCGGUGACUAUUCCUUGUGGACACAGUUACUGUAUGAACUGUAUUAACAACUUCUGGGAUGAAGGAGAGAAGAAAAUCCCCAGCUGUCCUCAGUGUAGACGGACUUUUACUCAGAAACCCGAGCUGGUGAAAAACACCAUGUUUGCUGCUUUAUUGGAGCAGAUGAAGAAGACUGGACUCCAAGCUGCUCCUCCUGAUCACUGCUAUGCUGGAGCUGAAGAUGUGGCCUGUGAUUUCUGCUCUGGAAGAAAACUGAAAGCUGUCAAGUCCUGUUUAUUCUGUCUGGCCUCUUACUGUGAGAAUCACCUUCAACCUCAUCAUGAUGUGGCUCCAUUCAAGAAACACAAGCUGGUGGAUCCCUCCAAGAACCUGCAGGACAACAUCUGCCCCCGUCAUGAUGAGGUGAUGAAGAUGUUCUGUCGUACUGAUCAGAAGUGUAUCUGUUAUCUCUGCUCUGUGGAUGAACAUAAAGGCCACGACACAGUCUCAGCUGCAGCAGAAAGGACUGAGAGGCAGAGAGAGAUGGAGGUGGGUCGACAACAAAUCCAGCAGAAGAUCCAGGACAGAGAGAAAGAUGUGAAGCUGCUUCAGCAGGAGGUGGAGGCCAUCAAUCAGUCUGCUGAUAAAACAGUGGAGAACAGUGAGGAGAUCUUCACUGAGCUGAUCUCUCUCCUCCAGAAAAGAAGCUCUGAUGUGAAGCAGCAGAUCAGAUCCCAGCAGGAAACUGAAGUGAGGAGAGUCAGAGAGCUGGAGGAGAAGCUGCAGCAGGAGAUCACUGACCUGAAGAGGAGAGACGUUGAGAUGAAGCAGCUCUCAGACACCGAGGACCACAACCAGUUUCUCCACAACUACCCCUCACUGUCACCACUCAGUCAGUCCACACACUCCUCCAGCAUCAGCAUCCGUCCUCUCAGCUACUUUCAGGAUGUGACAGCAGCUGUGUCAGAGGUCAGAGGUCAACUACAGGACAUCCUGAGAGACACGUGGACAAACAUCUCACUGACCAUCACUGAUGUGGAUGUUUUACUGUCAGAUUCACAAUCAGAACCACAGAGCAGAGCUGGAUUCUUGAAAUAUUCAUGUGAAAUUACUCUGGAUCCAAACACAGUAUACACACAGCUGUUACUGUCAGAGGAGAACAGAAAGGUGACUUUUAUGAAGAAACAUCAGUCUUAUUCUAGUCAUCCAGACAGAUUCACUUCAUAUCUUCAGGUCCUGAGUAGAGAGAGUCUGACUGGACGUCAUUACUGGGAGGUGGAGAAGAAAGCAGAUGAUGUUGGUGUAGCAGUUUCAUACAAGAAUAUCAGCAGAUCAGGGGAUGGAAACAGUUAUGUAUUUUACAACAGGAUCCAAACCUCCAUCUCAGGUCCUCAGAGCUCCAGAAUAGGAGUUUACCUGGAUCACAGAGCAGGUGUUCUGUCCUUCUACAGCGUCUCUGAAACCAUGACCCUCCUCCACAGAGUCCAGACCACCUUCACUCAGCCGCUCUACGCUGGAGUUUGGGUUGGUUACACUGAUGGAGCCUCAGCUGAGUUCUGUAAACUCAAAUAGACUUAUUUACUCUUCAUGUUUUUAUCUGUUUUUAUUGAUUUUUUUUCUUCUUAGAGAUGAACGUCUCUAACUCUAAUGGAUGGAGGGACAUUUUCGUUCUAUAAGUUGAUUUUUUUUUUGUUAUUUGUACUUUUGGAAGUGGAAGU